AUGUCUACUUGGCGAAAAAGAUUUUCACGGCGACCACAAAGAUUGGAUGCAAAUAAUGAACUUCUUCUCAACAACACAGUCAAAUAUCGGAAAAAACUACAAUCAGCAAUCGUUCAGAUCAAUCGAACGAAGAAAACAGCGCAACGGAAUCUCGACAAUCCUGACUCAUCCAUACAUGUUGCACGAUUGAUAAACGACAUUGGCCACCUAUCCGGUUGUAAAUCUCUUCAGGAAGUCACUAGUUUACUCGAUUCAUUAGCAAUGAGACAUCAAUUAUCAUCAAGAAUCUACAAUGAGUAUGCGAUGAACGCAUUUCAACAGUCAUUGCAAAGAUUAAACAAUGAUCUAUCCAGAGAUUUCGAUAAGACAAAAUCCGCGUUUGAAGAAGCCGUUGCUAAUCAUUGUUCUGAUCACACGACGAAGCAAAUAUUUAACAAAGUUCAAUCUGAAUGGUCUAAACAUCAAAAAUUAGCAAUCAUCGAAUUCAAACGAGGCUUAUCAUCUUAUUGUGAUAUUGGUCUGUAUAAUCUGAAAAUUCAAAUGGCGACACUUGAAAAACUUCAGACUUUUGUUGAUCAAUUACCGCAUGAUGGAGAUGAUGGUAAUACAAGUCUACCAAAUUUUGCUGACCAUAGUUCUCGAGCACGAAGAGAUAUCGAUACAAUGUUGCGUAUCAUGCUUGAUGCAGCACCAAACGAUUUGACUUUGCUGCCGAACGCAAAACGUUCGCGAUUUCUCAGUAAUCAAUUAACUCUAUCCAAUUCGCUUUAUUCACCUGAAAUCACUGAAGCAGCCGCUCGUUCACAUGGACAAUCGUUACGACAACAAAAUGCUCAGAUUAUCCCACAAUAUCCAUCCAUUCCUCCAUCAGCACCUGUUCAGGCACCUCAACAUGAAUCAAUCAUGGUCACUCCAUCGAACGAGCGAUUUCAAAACCUUUCCGGAGAUGAUCGGUUGCCAUCAUAUACCGAUCUUUUCGUUGUUCCAAGUAGUUGCAAAGAAGUUCGUCUUCAACGACGAAGUCCACGCAAUCGAAACAAAUGA